CAAGCUGGUGUCCAAAUGGGGAAUGCGUGUUGGGAGCUGUAUUGCUUGGAACAUGGAAUCCAGCCUGAUGGGACCAUCUCAAGCACCGUUCUGGCGGACCAAGUGGAUUCUUCCUUUGAGACCUUCUUCUGUAAAACAGGAGCAGGGAAGCAUGUCCCUAGGGCGGUGUUCAUAGAUCUGGAACCAUCAGUCAUAGAUGAAAUCCAUACAGGGUCAUAUCGUUCACUCUUCCACCCGGAGCAGUUGAUCAGUGGCAAAGAAGAUGCUGCCAACAAUUACGCCCGGGGCCAUUAUACCGUCGGGAAAGAACUAAUUGACACAGUCCUUGAGAAGAUUCGUAAAAUGGCUGAGCAGUGCUGUGGCCUCCAAGGAUUUUUGCUCUUCCACAGCUUUGGGGGAGGCACAGGAUCAGGGUUUACAUCUCUCCUAAUGGAGCGGCUCUCGGUUGAUUUUGGGAAGAAGGCCAAGCUUGAGUUCUCCGUGUACCCAGCCCCACGGAUCUCCACUGCAGUGGUAGAACCCUAUAACUCCAUCUUAACCACCCACACCACCCUGGAGCACUCUGACUGCUCCUUCAUGGUGGACAACGAAGCCAUCUAUGACAUCUGCAACCGGAAUCUUGAUGUGGAUCAUCCCACGUACAUCAACCUCAACAGGUUGAUCAGCCAGAUCGUGUCAUCCAUUACAGCUUCCUUAAGAUUCGAUGGUGCCUUGAAUGUAGACCUGGCUGAAUUCCAGACCAACCUGGUGCCAUAUCCCCGCAUCCAUUUCCCUUUGACCACCUACGCUCCCAUCAUCUCUGCCGAGAGGGCCUUCCAUGAGCAGCUCUCUGUGCCGGAAAUCACCAACACCUGUUUCGAGUUUUCUAACCAGAUGGUCAAAUGCGACCCUCGCCGUGGGAAAUACAUGGCCUGCUGCCUCCUCUACCGGGGCGACGUGGUGCCUAAGGACGUCAACGCGGCCAUUGCCGCCAUCAAGACCAGGAGGUCCAUCCAGUUUGUGGACUGGUGCCCAACUGGGUUCAAGGUGGGCAUCAACUACCAGCCCCCCACAGUGGUGCCAGGGGGAGACCUGGCAAAGGUGCAGAGAGCCGUCUGCAUGCUGAGCAACACCACGGCAAUUGCGGAGGCCUGGGCCCGGCUCAAUCACAAAUUUGACCUGAUGUAUGCCAAGCGGGCUUUUGUGCAUUGGUACGUCGGGGAGGGCAUGGAGGAAGGGGAAUUCUCUGAAGCUCGGGAGGAUUUGGCUGCACUAGAGAAGGAUUACGAAGAGGUUGGGCAAGACUCUGGUGACCAUGGCUCUGAUGCAGAAGACGACCAAGAAUACUGA